AUGUCUCCAACCGCUCACUCGUCUUCAGACAAGAAGCAAUCAGGUAUUGCCAGAGUCUUGGGAUCAGCUACUGCUGGUAUUGCUGAAAUUGGUGUUUUCCACCCGGUGGACACUAUCUCCAAGAGAUUGAUGUCAAACCACGGCAAAGUCACUUCAUUGCACCAAUUGAACUCGGUAAUAUUCAAGGAUGCUGCGUCUCAGCCUUUAGUCAAAAGACUUUUUACUUUAUUUCCGGGCUUAGGGUAUGCUGCUUGCUACAAGAUUUUACAAAGAGUGUAUAAAUACGGUGGUCAGCCUUUUGCCAAUGAAUUCUUGACAAGAAACUUCAAGGACAAUUUUGACUCGGCUUUUGGGCCAAAAACUGGUAAGGCUUUGAUGAGUGCUACUGCUGGUUCGUUGAUUGGUAUUGGUGAAGUUGUUUUGUUGCCAUUGGAUGUCUUGAAAAUCAAGCGUCAAACAAACCCGGAGUCCUUUAAAGGCAGAGGUUUUCUCAAAAUCUUGCAAGAUGAAGGUUUAGGAUUGUACAGAGGUUGGGGAUGGACCAUGGCCAGAAAUGCCCCAGGGUCUUUUGCCUUGUUUGGAGGUAACUCAUUCGCUAAAGAAUACAUUUUCGGCUUGAAGGAUUACAGUCAGGCCACUUGGACUCAAAAUUUUAUUACAUCGAUUUUUGGUGCUAGUGCUUCAUUGAUUGUUAGUGCCCCAUUGGAUGUCAUCAAGACUAGAAUCCAAAACAGAAACUUUGAUAAUCCAGAAAAGGGAUUCACCAUUUUGAAGAAUAUGUUCAAAAAUGAAGGUCUUACCGCAUUUUUUAAGGGUUUGACUCCUAAAUUGUUGACUACAGGUCCAAAGUUGGUCUUUUCGUUUGCCAUGGCCCAAUCAUUAAUCCCGGCGUUCGAUAAGUUAUUAAGCAAAUAG